UGCACCAUCUCAAUACUAUUUGUUUUCCAACAGCCACUUGCGAUACAUGGAAGUCACCCAUAAAGGUCAAAGAGGCAGAAAAGGUUGAGAACGAUCCCAGAAAUAGCAGAGAAAUCUUCCACUACACAAGCACUUGCCUCUAUAAGCAAAGUGAUGACAAACGUGAUAAAAAAAAUGAAUGCUUUAAUAAAGCACAACAGCACUGCUAUAAGAUGAUAAUUCUGGUGCUUCUGAUGCUUGCACAAGAACUGCAGUCUACGUAUAUAGCAGAAUUUAAAGAAUGUGAUGGCUCUUUAUUGAGGCCUAUAAUCAUAGCUUCUGGCACCAGUAGGAGUCUGUGCUGUUUUAAAAAUGGCUGCACCUCUGAUUCUGACGAGCUUCACAUUUACAAUAACACUGCCUGUCAGAAUUUGAUUUCAAUACGUUCAAAGUCCAAUAACUCUUGUUCAAGUGAAAUUGAGAUACUUACAAACCGCAAUGAAGACAGUUGUGAAUUUGUCUGUACAACAGAAUGGCUUCAAUGGAAUAGGUCUGCACCUUAUGACAGAUGUCGUGUAGCUACUGCCAAUCCCCUCGGUGACUAUGAAAUGGUGAGAUUUCAAUAUUCUGAAGAAGGAACUUUAGAUGUGACAAUCAGUAGUAAGGAAAAUUUUAAUCAAGUGCAUUAUAAAUACCAGCUCACUGUGGUUUUAAGCAACGGAUCCAAAGUACAAACAACAACAAAUUUGACCGAUAAAACAAGAGAUUUCAUAAUUUCAAUCAGCCCACUUUUUGAUGUCAACAAUGUAGACGUAUACCUCACUGUCAACAAAUCUGUUUUUGUUAGGACAUUUAAUACAAGUAUCAAUUUACUUUCUCACAUUGUUCCUGGGUGUGUAGAAAAUUUGAGCCUGGAAACAGAUUCGCUGACAUCCACAAAAGCUGUCAUCAAGUUUCAUACCUCCCAACUCAUCAGUUCAUUAGUCCCAAUCAUGGCAAAUCUCGGCAAGCCGUUGAUGUAUCACAUUAUUCUGUACAAGAUGGAUGGAAUAAAGCAAACUUUACAGGCAAGUUUAUAGAAUACUAGCCAGAGAUGACUGGCGGCCUGCGGUUCUUAGUUUGUGUAUC